UGAGUGCGCCAGGUGCCCACAUUCAACUAAACCAAGCAAGCAAAUCUUCUCAGUCCUCGUCUCCCCGGAUAUAUUACUCACUUCCGUCCAGUUCACAGGGUGCACGUCCCAUUGCUUCCAUUCAUCUCCUUUCUGUGGUCUCAAGAACCAUGGACGAGGCCGGUGACCUCAAGGUGCACGUCAAUGGCCAUCACACGCUUCUUCUCCACCAGAGCGUCGUGUGCGCCUUCUCGGGGAGGCUGAGGGCAAUGGUAGCGCAGGAGAAGAAAAGGAUGAAGACGGCGAGCAGAGGAGCAGGAGGAGGAGCAGAGGCGUCAAUGGCCAUCGAGCUCGCCGGCUUCCCUGGAGGCGCCGAGGGGUUCGAGCUAGUGGUCCGGUUCUGCUACGACAGUGGACGUCUCCCGCCGCUCCGCCCCACCGACCUCCCGCUCGUUCACUGCGCCGCCUCGUUCUUGGACAUGACCGAGGAGGUGCGCGCCGGCAACCUCCUCGUCCAGGCGGAGGCCUUCGUCGACGACGGCCUCUGCCACUGGACGUGGGCCGACCUGCUCGCCGCAGUCAAGAGCUGCGAUUCGCCCUUCUCCUCCGGUCUCCUCGACAAGCUCCUCUCCGCACUGUUCUCCAGGAUCGCAGUAGGCGCGGAGACGCUUACCCGCUCGUCGUCAUCGACGUGUUCCUCCUCGUCGCCGGACACGGCCGGCGGCCGGCCGUCGUCCGCUGCCAGGACGGCGGAGUCAAUGAAGCCGUCGUGCCUGGUCGGCGGCAGGGAGUGGUGGUUCGACGACGUGGCGUCGCUGUCCCCGGCGACUGUCGAGAAGGCGAUGCGGGUGAUCGGCUGCUACGGCGCCGAGAACAAGAACCUGACUUUGACGCGGUUCCUGCUGCACUACCUCCGCCGCGCCGCAACGCUCCGCAAGGCCGACGACCAGGGCUGCCUCUCCGGCCUGGCCGAUACGGCCGUGCAUGGCGUGGAGCUCGGCGGAGGGGCCGCGGCGUUCUCCUGCCGAGGCCUCUUCUGGGCGCUGCGGGUCGCGUCGGCAGCUGGGAUGAGCAGGGAGUGCAGGCGUAAGCUGGAGAGGCUCGUGGGAAAGAUGCUGGACCAGGCCACGCUCGAUGACAUCCUUGUCUCCGGCGACGGCGGUGGCGUGUACGACGUGAGCCUGGUCAUAAGGCUCGUCAGGGUGUUCGUGAGCUCCGUGAAGGAGGAGAAGGAGGCCACCUCGCCGUCGCCGCUGUCGUCAUCGUCGCGGGAGAGGAUGAGGAAGGUUGGGCGGCUGUUGGACAAGUACCUCGCCGAGAUCUCGCCGGACCAUGGGCUGGGCGUGUCCAGGUUCCUCGCCGUCGCCCAGAGCCUGCCGGACUCUGCCAGGGACUGCUACGACGGUGUGUACAGGGCACUGGACAUCUACCUCGAGUCUCAUGCUGCCUUGACCGUCGAGGAGCGGGGGACUUUGUGUCGGUGCCUCAACUAUGGAAAAUUGACACUCGAGGCGUGCAAAGACCUGGCCAAGAACCGGCGGAUUCCGGCUGGCAUCGCCGUGCAAGCUUUGUCCUCGCAGCGGGUGCCCAAGCUCCCGAAUCCACUCUCGCCGUCACAAACGCCCAGACGGGUUGUGGUGGACGAGGAGAAGGAGGCACUGAGGGUGGACCUACAGAAGAUGCAGGGCCGGGUGGUGGAGCUAGAGACCGCGUGCAAGGAGAUGAUGGGCCACGUAAAGGUAUCUCGGACGGUGGCCAACAAGUCCUUCGGUGGCAGGGGCUUGCCUUGGAUGUGCUAGCAGCAGCUAGUUAAUGGAGAUGUAAUAUUUUUUGGGUGA